AUGGAUCCACAAGAACAGACCGUUACCUUCGUUGAAAAACUUCUCGAAUGUUUUUCGCACGGUCAAAUCAUACUGAUCGCGGGAUAUCAUACUGAGAGCAUGCCUGGAAUCAAGUUGGCUACUGAAGACCAGUUAUUAACAACAGUCCGUACUCGCCAUCCGGCGCUGCGGAAAACCGCAGCCAUCAGUGAUGAAACAAUAGACGACGAGAAUACAGCCAGCGAAUCGCAUAGUUGGAGUAGUAACGGUGCCAACAGUAUCAAUUCAUUCGCUUCGAUAAAACGCAGUAAUCAACCUGCGACUACAGCUGUAUGCACCAAAAACGAACUGCUUUCCAGCGAAGAUAACAGUAAUAUUAUCGCUGCGCAUCAUCACCGGAACACUUUGCCAGCACAUGCAUAUUCGGUCCCACCAAUGCAAUCAUCCAAAUUGCAUGAUAUUUCUGCAAUAAAUACGAUUCGCAACUCUGAUGGAAACUUCACGGAGGAAACGAAUGGCCAGCUAUCCGAUGCUCAAACUAUGAUUAAGCACCAGGUUCCAAAUGAUCCAUCCGGUCUGAACACAGCUUACUGUCGUGAUACUGGUGUCACCUUGCCGUUGAACAAUCAUUUCAUGCCACCAAAAUCUGUUGUACAAGAUGACGUGCGUAUGAAGUUGGGAAAAUUUGAACUAGUCAAAAAGAAAGGCAGAUCGGAAGUGUGGAAUUUGUUUGGACAGGUGCUUGACACAAUUACUGGAGCUCGUCUACCCUAUGUGGCUUGUUAUGCAUGCAAAGUACUUUAUACAGAUACGGGUGGUGGUACAGGAAAUAUGACUCGUCAUAGAUGUCCGAUCGGCAGUAGCUACAAGGAUUGCAGUAUGAGCUCUUCAACGGAAGCAACGAAUGAUACCUCUGGCCAGCAAUCUUUUGAAACCCUUGCAUCAGGAUAUGUUGGUCAGUUGUCUCCCGAUACAUCUACUGCAUACAGAAGGGAUUCCCCAGCACCACCGUUAGCUUCACAUACAAGUCUUACGGCGCAGUCGUCAUUUGAGACAUCAUUUAGUGAUUAUGAUCGCCGAAUAUUUUGCAGUGCAAUUAUGCGAUGUUGUGCUAUCGAUUUACUUCCACCUACCAUUUUUCAGGGAGACGGAAUGCAUGGUGUUAUCGAGACGGCCAUAUCGGUUGGACGACGUUGCCGGUGUCCGGAUCGUCAAGCAGUUUCAACACUGAUCCCUGAAAUUUCUAUCCUAAAUCAGGCUAUUGAAGCUAAUACAGCAAUGGUGCUAUCAGAAUUGACUGCAGAAGUAGGACAAAUUGCUCGUACAUCCGGUUUCUCGUUUUCAGUAGAGCGCGUUGCAAACGAAGAUGAUAUUGCUGUUAUUUCUGCUAAUUAUAUCACAGCAGAAUGGAAAUAUAAGCAUCACAUUAUGAAUGUUGACACAUUAGAAAAAGUGAAAACAGGACUGGAAACAAUGAUCCGAGAAGCGGGUGAAUCCAAAAGACUUUUAUGUGUUACAGAAAACAUCCCGAAUUGUAGUGGACAUGCCCAUCUUUACUGCAUAUGUUAUACACUGAAUAAUCUCAUCCAUGAAAUUUUCGGGGAACUGUGUGAUCAGAGACACAAUGUGUUUACCAUUUUUAUGGAGUGUCAGAAAAUAGUUGAUGCGAUAGAAAAGUCAGGCUUAGACCAUUGGGCUGAUCCACCAAAUAAAAAAAGAGCUGGGAAAUUGGACUACUUAUUUUACGGUUACGAAAUGUUAAAAUACCUUAAAGAUUGCGUUCAUCAUUUGCCUGUUUCCCAGUAUCCAGAUAUUGUGGAACUGGUACGAUCGAUUGAUUGGUCAACUGCUGAUGAAAUUCGAAAAUAUUUGGAGCCAUUUCAUAUUAUAGCAUCAAUUUUCAACAAUAAGUCAACAAUAUCUUUUCAUAUGGUACAGCCGGAAUGGUUCGCAUUGAUCCAUGAAUUUUCAUCAGAUGAUGAAGAUGAUUUGAACAAUAACGAUGCAUCGACAUGGAUAUCUGCGCUAAGACGAAAAACGGAAAGUGCAUUACGAAGUGCCACAGGAUCAGUGAUUAUGCCUGAACAUCGCAUGGCAACUGUUUUAAAUCCUCGUCUUAAACAUCUCCCAGUAAUUUGCUCAGACGAAGAAAGGUCAGAAACUUAUUCAAGAAUACGUGAAUUAAUCGGAACAUCCGAAAUGAAGAAUCUAAAAAGCGAAGAACUUCCUUCUGGUGCAGAUGAUGGAGAACCACCAAAGAAGCGAAUAUCAUUUUUAAGUUCACUCGAAGAUCAUGUAAUUAUUGAUGACGAACUAGAAUGUUACCUACGUUCGCAGUAUCCAGCGUCCCAAACAAAAGAUGUGCUGCAGUUUUGGUCCACUGUUGGUCAGGCGCAAUUUCCACAUUUGUCGCUGUUGGCUCGAUUUCUUCUUUCCAUUCCAGCUGCUUGUGUGGUCCAUAAAAGUCAAAACGUUUUGAAAUUGACUCCAGAGCACCUGUCAAGUUUACUUUUGUUACGGUCUUCGUAUGCGCAAGCAGUUUCUAGUGGACACAGUAUACUUGCAUAACAAAUAUUUUUAUUUUCCUGUCCCUUUUUCCCUCUAAUAUUUUGAAUUGGUAUCGUGGUUGUAUUUUUUUAUACUUUCAAUUUUUCUGAGCACUUUUUACCAUAUUCCGUAAUUCUUGUUGUUUUCAAAUAUUGUACGGUUUUUAUUUUCAUUUCUCACUUAUCAUUG